AAUUUUUCCUUUACAGUUUCGUAGCUGUUUCGUUUUUGGUUUGGAGAAGGAAGGGAAGAAAGGGGGAGAUAAGGAGAGAAAGAGAGAAAGAGAGAGAGGGGAGAAUUAUCGAGAGAAACUCGAGCCGUCUGGAGUAUUCGUCCUUAGAUUAAAGUCGAGCUCGUUCGAUAUUCGAACGUAUUCUUGAAAGAUUUGCUUUUGAGAGCAAAGAAAAAGAGAAAGAUAAGAAGAAAAAGAAGAAAAAAAUCCUAACCAAGAUGUACAGCGAUCCGAAUAUUUGUGGGAUUGGAGCGUCGACGAAGGGAGACGAGGUCGAAUUGGUGAGCAGGUUUCUGGCACCUCUUUGCGCGAGGGACGAGGCAGCGAGGAACAUUGCUUUGGCGGCUGCCAGGAGUACAGUCGAGGGAUGGCUCGGAGGUGUUGGGAGUCCAAAUCAAUGGGAGGAAACUACCGGUGCGAUGAAGGACAACGUAGCUUCCGGAAAGUUCAAGGGUCAGGAUGGAAGGUACGAUAUGAGCAUCGAGCGUUCACCCUCAAAAUCGACUCCGAAGAAUGUAGAGGAACAAGCGGCAUCUUCGGAUACUUUUAGAAGCGACUGCUUUUUUCCGCAAAGUGUUACGGAAAAUCCUGUCUUUCCGGAGGACGGUGGUUCCGAAAGUACGGAAAGAUAUCCCUCGGGUUCGUUCGAUUGCGUAGACGGCCGUUUGGGUUCAAACGAAAGUUCGAGCUUCGGGACACCGGUCGAAAGAAGAAGAUACAUGGGCGGUGAUUCUACGGACGGGAACAGAUCGGGUCGUUCUACUUCUUCGGACGAGGGGAAAGGUUUAAGGAUCGAACAAUUGGCUGGCAAGUGUCGCAGGUUCAAGGACGGGAGUGAGAGCCGUUUCGGUUCUAGCUGUGACAGCGAGAGAAAGUAUUUGAUUUCGUCGUCGAACGAAAGGUUGAAUGAGUUAAGCCAAGAGGAUAGGAUACCGAGAACAAAGAAUUAUAUCAAGGUGAAGGGAGCGAAGCAAAGACAGCCAGAGGAGGACGAGUUGGAUUUGGAUACUAGGAUCUACGGAAAGAGUCCAAAGUUCGACGAGAAUCUUGGCAAUGCUUUCUUCGAUCGUAGAAACGUUAAUUUCCGUUCUAAGAGCAGCGAUCUUCUCGAGCGAAGGUAUCGAGAUGAAACGGAUAUCACAGGGAGAUCACGCGAAAGAGUCGUUUUCAAUACACUCGACGGAUUUGAUAACGAGAAUGCAAACGAAAUUUAUCGGGAAAAUGAGAUUCUCAUUGAAGAUGCGAAUCUUGAAAAUUCAGAAGACGAUCUCGAGGAUGGUCGUGCUAGUUGGCGAAGGUACGAACAGGACCAGGAUUGCCUUAGAAAGAACGAUGAGAGAAAGUUCAGCGCUGGUCAAAUAAAAAGACCUCUCUCGCAGGACGAAGACAUUUCUUCAAAGAGUGGUAGAGUUCUCGAUAGUCCCGAGGUUACUCCUGGUGAUGUAGGAAGGAUGCUUAAUCUUGGAAAUGCACUUGAUGGCCCGAGGCAAACUCAAGCAAACAAGUAUCUUAGCCUGGUGACGCUUCAUCUGCCGGUAAUACUUAGGCUCAGCGUUAAUUGUCCUUUUCAAAACGUCAGGAUAAAAUGUGCUGAGAUACUGGAAAUGGUCAAGGAUAGAGGAUUACCAGUACCAGAACCGGCCUUCGAUGGACCUAGUGCCUUCGUUCCCACCUCCGAGUUGCCGGAUCUGAACAACCUCGAUGAAAAGACACGCAUAUUGUUGAUGGAUGCUUUCCUUCAGAACAACAGAUUGGACCAUGUCUCCAGGGUAAUGUCAUCGCAUCCCUUGUAUUUAGACCACUUCCUUCGAACUCAAAAUUUCAUCCUUAGGGGUGAUGGACCGCUUCCUUACGAUUACAGACAUCUCAUAGCCAUUAUGGCCGCGGGUAGGCACCAGUGCAGCUAUCUGAUAAACCUGCAGAAGGGAGAGUUUCUUCUUCAGGGUGGUGACCCCUUGUGGCUUCAAGGUUUGAGAUCGAUCCCACGGAAGCUUCAAGAUCUCUAUGAGAUCAAUAAAAUCUUAGCUCACAGGCCGUGGCUUCUAAAUAAAACGCACAUAGAGAAACUGACCAAAGGCGCGGACAAUUGGUCCUUGGCCGAAGUCGUCCAUGCGAUAGUCCUUUUGGCCCAUUUUCAUUCGUUGUCAUCGUUUGUUUUCUCAUGUGGAAUCAACGAAGAAUUGGACAACGUAACCGGCCAUCAUUACAAGGAAAAUAUACAAGACAAUAGCAAUAAAGUGCCACCUGCCAAAGAAAAACUUUCUAGUAAUCCCAAGGAAAUACCCAAUGGCGACGGCAAGACUGAAAACGUACCGUCGCCGCCAUCGUCGCCUAGCAUAGUUGGUGAACAAGAGGUCGGCGUGGAAACUUUAAUGGAACGAAUGAAACGGCUUUCCGAAAAAUCCGAGUCUUAUCAAAUAACGCAAGAGGAAUUAUCGAAAAGAUUUGAAACGGUCGAAACGCAAUCAGCCGAAUUGGCAGCUGCACCUCAAAGGAGUAGCAGCAUUCUUGAUUCCGACAUCGGCCUCUUCAUCGACGAUCCUACCUUCAUAUAUCAAGAUUUUGCUAAGCGAGGUCAACUGAACGACAUACCGACCUUCCGCGUACAAGACUAUUCCUGGGAUGACCACGGUUACUCGUUGGUGAAUCGACUUUACAACGAUGUGGGCAAUUUCCUAGACGACAAGUUCAAGACGACUUACAAUCUGACGUAUUACACUAUGGGUACGCAUAGUAAGGUCGACACAUCUCGUUUUAGACGAGCAAUAUGGAACUACAUCCAAUGUAUGUUCGGAAUAAGACACGAUGACUACGAUUACAAUGAGGUUAAUCAACUCCUCGAACGAAGUCUUAAGACCUUUAUCAAGAGCGCUGUCUGUUAUCCGGAACGCGUUACUAAGAAGGAUUAUGAUCGUGUCAUGAGGGAGUUCAAGCAUAGUGAAAAGGUGCACGUGAACUUGAUGAUAUUGGAAGCACGCAUGCAGGCAGAAUUAUUGUAUGCUUUACGUGCUGUGAUGAGAUAUAUGACCUAAAUGAAGACCAAAUCGGGUCCCAUCGUUCGCUUGGUGGUUGGAUCUGUCCUGGUCAAUCGGCUCGUCUAUUAGAAUCUUUCUUAUUCUGAUUUUUGUAAUUCUCUUUUUUUUUUUUUUUUUUUUUGUUUGUUUGUUAAAUUAUUAUUUUUUACGUUUCGAGUCGUGUGAUGUUUAUUUAGCGAGGCUUUUGUACACGGUAGAGAAAGGAUAUGAGCAAACGUGACACCGGUACACGUGAUUUGCGCAUGAAAAAUGAAAAACGCGUCAAACAUCCAAGUCAUAACACACGGAAACGCAUAUUACAGGACAUCAGAGAAAGAGUAAUAUGUAGAUACAACAUUGAAGAAAUUAUACGCGUUUUUCUUGGAUCUUUCGCUUUUCCAAGAGUUUAUCAGUUAAUCGUUAGCUUGAGCUUGCGUUGAUGAUUGAGGAAAAGACAAAGCAAACGCCUCGAAAAAAAAUGGAGAACAGAUCGUUCGAAAAGAUCCUCGAUAAAAUUCUUCGUCGCUGGAAUCGAAAAUCGAAAUUAUUGUAAGAAUGAAAGCUCUGAGAGCAAUGGAAAGAUUACAAGAAGAAGAGAUGAUAUAUCAUCAAUUGUUUUACAGAUAGAAAGACUCGCGUAUUUUUUUUUUUCUUUUUUUUCUUUUUUUUUUUUAUUUUGAUGUGUGGCAGCCAUAUACGUUCGGCUGUAUUUUUCUUCUUCUUUUCUUUUCUUUUCUUUUCUUUCUUUCGCUAAUCCAUCGGAAUAUAAAAUUUGUAAGGAUGCAGCGAAAGAAAUUAAUAUUGAAAAGGUGUGCUUCUUUAUUAUUAUCUCUUGGCGGAAAAAAAAACUUCUUCGAUAUCAUAAAAUUUUCUAUAUUUUUCAAAUGUACGAUAUAUGUUAUAAUAGCAAGAAAACAUAAAGAGAUAGAAAAAGAGAAGGGUGCGAAGGGGGCCUGAAAUUGGAAUUAAAAUGAAAGACCACCGAUCUUUUUGGGAAUAUCAAUACAUAAUAAGGCAUCGAAUUAUGUGCGCGCUUAUCAACGAAUUUCAUGCCUUUAAGCGAUCGGUAGCGUUGAUACAGGUAAUUCCCGUCUUUUACGAAUUUAUUCGUUCUGAUCUCUUUCUUUUAAAGUGAGAACUAACAUUUUCCGUAGACGGCAAUGUAAUAAAUAUAUGUCUUUUGUUCCUGACAAUUAAUAUUUCCCAUUGGAAAUCUUAAUAAUUUUAAGUGUAGUAUACCUUUUUUUAAAAGUAUUAUAUAUCAUUUAAAGGAAAAAAAGAAGAAGGAAAAAAGAUAAACAAAAAAUUAAAAAAAAAAAAAAAAAAAAAGAAAAAACAGAAAAAAGAAAAAAUUUGUGCAUAGUUGGUAAUUCGUAAAGUGGGAAGUAUCUGUAAUAUUUUAAUGAUUUGUUCGCGUCGUUGAUGGAGAAGUGAACGUGCUGAAAUUUAUAACAUCUCGAAAUCGGCAGAUGUAAUUUCUCGCAACGGCAAAUGUAAUUUUCGCUAGGAGAAAAAAGAGAGAAACAGAGAAAGUGAGAGAGAGAAAGAGAACGAGAGAGAGAGAGAGAGAGAGAAAGAGAGAGAGAGAGAGAGAGAGAAAGAGAGAGAGAGAGAGAGAGAAAGAGAACGAGAGAGAGAGAGAGAGAGAGAGAGAGAGAGAGAGAGAGAAAGUGAGAGAGAGAGGAGAGAGAAAGAGAGAGAGAGAGAAGAGGAAAGAAAGGAGGAAGUAGUAUAUAAAACAGAAGAAAAGAAAGUUAGGAGAGAACGGAGAGGCUGUUUUAAAAAAUCAAAUUCA